AUUCACAUCGACACGCUGAGCCUGGACUCCGCAUCGACGCAACUCCACACAUAUUUUGUCCCCUUCUUCGCAGCGUCGCUUUACAUAGCCAGUUCUUGCAAGCUUUCGUAAUUGCCUGCUCAACCAGGCACCACACUACGCGACAUGGCGUCCCCGAUGAUCGAAGGCCGGGUCGAGCCUCACAAGAAAGCUCACUUCAACCUGCACAUUAGCGACCGGAUAGCGAAGAACGACAUGUCUUCGGAGAGUUAUAGUAGCGUGAAAUACAACCACAAGCCCGCGCAGACGUCCGAUACUCGCAGCACCACGCUCACAGCCUCCUCCGCCAACGCGUACAACCUCAAGCUCGAAGAUGGCGAUAGCGAUAUGUUCAAAUUCACAGGGCAACGAACAACGUCGAAGAAGUCUUACCUGCUGCUCUUCGAUCCCGCAACACAAAAGGCAACGCUCGAGCCGCUCACAAACGCGUACACAUUCAACCUCGCAUCGAGGAACAACAAAGACAUAUCCUCCCAGCACCCGAAGAUAUACCCCAAGAAGCUCAAAGACGACGCCCAUACCAAGCCAGAAGCCGACGAGGACCUGUUCGGCGAUACCGCAAACAACGACGAGAACGACGAGCCGGACGCAGACAACCCCUACGACUUCCGCCACUUCCUGCCCAAGGAACAAGAAAAGCGCGGCGACGAAUCAGAAUACGGCAUGGCGUACUCCCCAGACCCGCGAAGCGUCGUCAACACACCACAGGUCAGCGCUUCAACAACUACAACGACGACGACAACAAAACCCCGCCCAGAGCCCGCGCCCAAGAAGCGCAAAACCGCCCCCGCAGCAAACCCCAUGGUCUCCAAACCCCCCCGCAAACCCGCCGCUGCACCCCUCGUCCGCAUCGAGCGCCCGGCCCCAGACCGCGCACCCGACGCCGCACCCCCCAAAGCCGCGAAGAUAAAAUCCACAGAACUAGUCCACUCAUCCGACGAGUCCGACGCCGCCUCCCCCGACGACCAGGACGCAGAAGGCGAGUCAGACGACGACGUGGAUGCCGAUGCCGAUGCUGAUGCCGACGACGACGAAGACGACGACGACGGCGGUCUACAAAUCGAAGUCCCCGACGCCCGGCCCCCGCGCCCACGACAAAACCUCAACACAACCCAACAACAACAUCAACAUCUGCGCUCCCCGUCAAACGGCCCCAUAUCCCUCGCUAGCGCGACAAAUUCCCCCAAUGCACAUGCUUUCUCCUCGCGCCGCGCACACGACGAGGAGGAGAUUGACUUUGGGGAUCUGGGGGGCGAGGAUGCGGAAGGUGAGGAUGAUGAUGAGGAGGGGGAUGAGGGUGAGGGCGAGGGCGAUGGGGAUGUGGAGCCUAUGGAUAUUGGUCCGCCUGUGCAUCGGCGCAGUACGGGGGGUGUUGUUGUUGAGGAGGAGGGCGAUGAGGAUGAUCCGCUGUAUAAGGAGAUGAUGGAGGGGUUGGCGGGUGGGGAUAGCAGUGAGGAGAGUGAGGAGGAGUAAGGGAUGUGUUUUGUUUGUGUCGGGUUGGUGUUUGGAUGUUGGUGAUGUUUAUCGGCGUCUGGUUGCCAUGAUGGUGAAGUUUGCAGGGAAUUAGCGAUUGUACGCGUCAGGAUGUGACUGGAGAGGAGUGGAACAUAAAGGUAUCUAGUUGUAUGUCGGUGCGAGUCUGCGCUUCUCCUAGGUUCUUAAGACUGGUGGGCUGCAGUAGGGUAGUCAUAGUUCAGCGUAUCCGCCAGCGUUUAAUAGAACUCAACCCGCGAAUGCGUCCAAGAUAAACAA